UAUGAUUGACAGGGCAGCCAUGUUGCCGCUGGCCGCUCCGCGCUCAUUGUGUGAGAGAGACCGUAAAUACUGACAACCGAAAAUCUUAUUUCACUAUUUAACCCGCACUUUCCCCCAGGGUGAACCGUUGUUGCGAUGGCCCGUACCAAGCAGACUGCCCGUAAGUCCACUGGAGGCAAGGCCCCCCGCAAGCAGCUGGCCACCAAGGCUGCUCGCAAGAGUGCGCCCUCCACUGGUGGAGUGAAGAAGCCACAUCGCUACAGGCCCGGUACAGUGGCCCUCCGUGAGAUCCGUCGGUACCAGAAGUCAACCGAGCUGCUGAUCCGCAAGCUGCCGUUCCAGCGGCUGGUGAGGGAAAUUGCCCAGGACUUCAAGACCGACCUGCGCUUCCAGAGCGCCGCCAUCGGGGCCCUGCAGGAAGCCAGCGAGGCCUACCUGGUGGGCUUGUUUGAGGACACCAACCUGUGUGCCAUCCAUGCCAAGCGUGUCACCAUCAUGCCCAAAGACAUCCAGCUGGCCCGCCGCAUCCGUGGGGAGCGCGCCUAAGCGCCCAGCCGCCCCCUCUCUCCCGCGCUCCUUCUUCUGUUUGUAGUCUUUAGAUUAACGAUGAUCUUGAGAAUAAAGUGUGUAGUCGCGUCUUUAUUAGUCCUGUCGGCAGCAGACUUCUAGGGUACCUUUCUCGUGCAUGUACCGGCUGUGUGCUGACCAGACACGCGUGCAGAGGGACAGGCAGGCCGAGAGCCUGACAGACGGGCCGACGGAGACGCGGGCAGCCGGGGUCGGUCUGCUGCGGGGGGGUGGGGGUGCCUUCCUCAGCAGGGUGCUACAAAAACUGCCCCGGCUGGGCCUCCACAACUACCCCUUUGUCUGAUUUGGGAGGGUUUGGGGGUUAUCAGGUAUUUCAGAGGCUUGGAUCAGACCAGGUUUCGGGUCAGCGUACUCACUCCUCUCUUCAGCUCAGACGAUGGAGGGAGCAUCAUCGCCAACAGAAAACGGGGCGUUCGCGAAGGAGGGGGAAGGAAUCCGUUCGGCCCGCCUGUCCACACGUCUGUCCGUCUGCACACGUGCCCUGAGCAGCACAUAGCAAAAAUGUAUUCAACUACAAGCAACUCUUGAUUGAGCAAUUCAUGUUGAUUAUGAUGAUGAUGAUUAAGUAUCUUUUUGGAUGGUGUCUUUUUUUUUUUUAGUACACAGUCUGUUCUUUUCAUAACUGCAGAAAUCAAUUAUAAACAGACAUUUAAGAAAUGGGGAGUAAUGUUUUUACAAAAAAAAAAGUUCUUGUUUUUUCUAACAAAAAGUUUUCGUCGACUUCUAAGCUUCUUAAGGCAGCCUGAGGGAGGGGACAGUAUAUGGCAGGCCCCUCCCUCCCUCACUGUAUCCCAGCAGCCUGGCAGAAAUCCCCACUUCGACCUCAUUCGUCUCUCCUUCCUUUUCCUGCCCCUUCUUCCUCCGGCUUCUCCUCUUUCAUCCUCCUCCUCUCACGUCCCUCCUCCUCCAUCUCUCCCCACCUUCCCUCCGUCAUUAACACCCUGUGCCUCUCCUCCAUCUCUCCCUCUUUCAUCCUCCCUUCUCUCCUCUCUGCCUUUUUUCUUUGCCCUCCCUCCCCUCUCUGUGUGAUUUUAUUUUUCCUCCUAUCUGUUGCUUGGAUUGGUGUGAUACCACAUAUAUUAACGUUAUUAUUUUUUUCUAUUUUGAUUUAAAUGUUUUCAGAUGUUAUAAGCUGAUCUUUGUAAUUUCCAGAUUUCUCAUAUUACGGUGGUAAUAAAUAGAUGUUACACAAA